AUGAAGAAGAAGCUCCUGAGGUUCCCGCCGUACCUGAACGCGAUCGAACAUGGCGGCCACACUGAGCUGACUGGCGUCGCUGGAAAUCUUGCCAUGCUCCUCAUCGAAGCACUUCAAUUCCAGGUGACUUUUAUGACUCCUUCCGACGGCAACUUCGGAGUUCACCUCCCAAGCGGUGACUGGACUGGACUAUUUGGAAUGGUCGCUAAAAACGAGGCGGACAUAUCGCCAGGUCCCUUCCUCAUCUCGAACCCUCGGAUACAAGUCGCCAACCCUUCGUUUCCGUGGGCUUACGAGAACAUGAUCAUUUUCGCCGCCAAACCACUGCGCUUCACGACAAACGUGUUUGGCUUUGCGAACGCCUUCUCGGGAACGGUGUGGGCGGCCAGCAUUGCCACGCUCCUCCUGCUGUGGAUCGUCCUCGCGGCCGUCCUGUCUAAGACGUUCCCGCCCAAAGCUGCCACGCGCACCACCGGGCGAAGGGCAGUCGGCCGGUUCGAGAGCUUCCCCGGCUCUACGCUACCGAGGUGCCUAAUCGCCAUCUGGCUCUUGGCACUGAUCGUGCUGCGAACCUCUUUUCUCGGCGAGAUGAAGGCGUCUCUGGUGGUCAGGACCGAAGUGCCCGGCAUACGAAGCGUCGAGGACCUCGCCAAGAUGGAGAGCGUCACGCCCAUCGUCUUGAAGGAAUCCGCGUUCUAUACAUACAUCAAGGAGAUGCCAACUGAUGUGUUCAAGAAAGUAAUGAAGAGAAUAAAAUCCAAGAAGGGUGAAAUGGAAAAAGACCUAAUGUUCGGCCUGCCGGUGCUCCGACGUAUAUUGAAGGGUGAAGCAGCACUCUUUAUGAGCGAGAGCGGUGUGGCGGCGCAAAUGCGCGGGCGGUGCGAAAAGCUGGUGCCACUGGACGCCGAGUUCUACUACGCCCCCAGGCCGGUCACUCAGAUGCCAUUGUCCAUGUUCACGAGCAAGCGGCUGCACCCACCUCUUCGGUGGGCCAUCGAAAAGAUGAUCAAGAUAUUCGUGGAGCGAGGCUUCGUAGACAAGUUCUACCGAGACAGUCGACUCGAGAUGCCUCCUUGUCGACGCCUAACGGCGCAGAGCCACAGCGGCGACAGCCCACAGCUCGACUCCCUGCAGGGAGUUUUCUUCACGCUGCUCGCUGGGCUGUCGAUGGCAUGCGCGGUUCUUCUGGCGGAAAUACUUCGAAACCGUGCCGGAAGGCAUGCACUGACUGAGCGAGCACGAUUUCACUAG